CUCACACGCACGUACACACGCACACCCUAGAUCGAUAGCCAGCGUGUGAUCAGUUCGUGCUGCAGGGCUCGCGCGCGCGCACGGAGGUUUCACUCAGACUGUCCUCUGGCGGAGAGCGGAGGUCUCGGUCUCGGUCCCGGUGUCGGUCCCGGAGCUCGGAGCAGCAGCAGGCAGGACAGGAGAGAGGAGGCGGCGCUCCUCCUAUAAAUCCUCCGAGCAGUCAGCGGGCGCUCAGAGGCGAGGCGGCCGAGCGGCAGCGCGGCGAUCCCGGCUGCCUUCUUCGCUUGCUCCCGCUCUCUCCUGUUUCCCGGGGCUCGGCAGUGCCGCAGGCCGACCACAGCGCACCGCAGGGCGAAUAGGCGAGUGGCGGCGGACCGGCGCUUUGACAUGCUGGUUCGGGACGUUGUAGAGGUUCGCUCGGUCCCGCCUCAGCGGACUUUCCGUCCUCCUCCGCGACACUUUGGACUUCUCUAACGGGACUUUUUGUCCUGAAGCUGACAUGUUUGACGCUGGACGGCCCUGGGCCUCUAACAGGUCCGCAGAGCGCGUGUAAGCCGAGGCGGGGUCAAAGUUCAGCCGAGGUUGGAAAUGUGAGAGCUUGGGGGGGGCAACAGGAGGGCUCCACCCCCCCACCAGUUUUUUCUCACGCACAUACGAGCACGCGCACAGUGGACCAGACAUGUACUCUCCUCUAUGUCUCACGCAGGAUGAGUUCCAUCCGUUCAUCGAGGCUCUGCUGCCGCACGUGCGCGCCUUCGCCUACACGUGGUUUAACCUGCAGGCCAGGAAGAGGAAGUACUUCAAGAAGCACGAGAAGAGGAUGUCCAAAGAGGAGGAACGUGCCGUCAAGGACGAGCUGCUCGGCGAGAAACCCGAAGUCAAACAGAAGUGGGCGUCGCGCCUCUUGGCCAAGCUGCGUAAGGACAUCCGGCCUGAGUUCCGCGAGGACUUCGUGCUGACGGUGACAGCCAAGAAGGCGCCGUGCUGCGUGCUGUCCAACCCCGACCAGAAGGGCAAGAUGCGACGCAUCGACUGCCUGCGUCAGGCUGACAAGGUGUGGCGCCUGGACCUAGUCAUGGUCAUCCUCUUCAAGGGAAUUCCUCUGGAAAGUACAGACGGCGAGCGCCUCGUCAAAUCGCCACAAUGCGCCAACCCCAGUCUGUGCGUCCAGCCGCAUCACAUCGGCGUCUCCGUCAAGGAGCUGGACCUCUACCUGGCCUACUUCGUGCACGCAGCAACAAAGCUCCACUCCAUCUGGACAGCGGAACGGGGGUGGAUUGGGGGGUGUCAACACAUGAGACACCUGAGAGCAAGUGGUCAUGUGACAUCAGAGCAGCGGAUGUUUGGAGUUCCUCAAGAAAGCGGCCAGUCAGAGAGCCCUAACCAGUCCAAUGAAGUAGACAUCAAAGAGCAGGCAGAGAACGGUCAUUUGGGCUUCCAGGACAGUUUUGUCACACCAGGAGUGUUUACAGUGGCUGAACUUGUACGAGUGUCGCAAACGCCCAUUGCUGCUGGUAGCGCUCCAAACUUCUCCUUGGCUGACCUGGAUAGCUCCUCCUACUACAGCAUGAGUCCAGGAGCCAUGAGGAGGCCCCUCCCCAGCACCUCCUCCUCCAGCUCAGCCAAGAGGAUCAAGUGCAUGGAGGAGGAUGUGGACAGUCCAGGGGAGGAGUCCUACUAUCCCGCUCAGGGUCGUUCUCCAGGUAGCGGCAGUCAGACCAGCAGCUGGCACGAGGAGCCAGGAUAUAAGCUGCGCGGCUCGCUAGCUAGCUCCUUCAUCUCCCGACAAGGGAUGGCGUUGGCCGGCGGCGCCUUAAAGAGGUCAGCUUUCUACGAGGCCACGCCUCCACCUACUGGCCCCGCCUCUUCCUCCUCUUCUUCUUCUUACUCCUCCCCCCGAACGGCUUUCACGCAUCAUCAUCGCCCCGUCAUUACCGCACCUCGAGCAAGCCCCCACGCCCCCCCUUCCAGCCUGCAUUUCUCCUCCUCCCCCAUCCUGCAGCAGCCCGCCUCCUACUUCUCGCACCCGGCCAUCAGGUACCACCCCCAGGAGACCCUCAAGGAGUUUGUGCAGCUGGUGUGCCCUGACUCCGCCCAGCAGGCCGGACAGGUGGGCUUCCUCAACCCUAAUGGUAGCUCCCAGGGAAAAGUCCACAAUCCUUUUCUGCCUACGCCCAUGCUGCCACCCCCGCCACCUCCCCCCAUGGCUCGGCCAGUCCCGCUGCCAGUCGACGCCAAGCCGCCCUCCACCUCCUCCACUGAGGGAGAAGGCAACUCACCCACCUCGCCCACCUACUCGGCCCCACCCACCACAUCUCCUGCUCAGCGAUUCGUCAGCGUGGGACCACGAGACCCCGCCUUCAACAUCCCGCAGCAGCCACAGUGGUACCUGGGAUAACGACUCUAGAGGCCCCUCCCCCUGCGUGCACCUGUACAACAAUGGCUGCAGCCCCUCCUCCUCCGACAAGAAAGAUGUCCCGCCCCUGCACCCUCCCCCUCCCCGCGCCUGACUCCACCCCCACCAGCGCCAGACCCGGCAGCAUCAGCAUGGCUCGGGCGGGUCCAAAGGUCCAGUAAGGUGACUGCCUGGGUCACAUGACUUUGUUUGGUGCCAGCCCCGCCUCCUGAGCCCUUCUUUUUUUGGGGGUGGGGGAAAACAAGACUGAAAGACAGAGCUUCUUCCUGUGGACCCCCCUCCCAGCUCAGUCCUCACACCUCUCCUCUAGCAGGAGGAGGGUCUUUCCAAGGACAAGGAUGCCCCUUGAUGGAAGAGUCUGUGAGUGGGCGGGGCUUGUUCAGUUUUCUUUCUCUUCACAUCAUUUUGGCUCCUCCUCCUCCAGUGCGGUGACGCUAGGGGGCGGAGUCACGUGGAAUAUCGACGUGAGGAAAGUGCAAUUGUGUUGGCUAGCUUGUUAGUAAGCUAGCUGCUUCUUUUUCCCACCAGUCCGCUCACACCUCUGGACUCUAAACUAGUGAGGUACAAAAGAUGUACGAUUACUAUUACUAUUCCUAUUAUUAUUCCUAUUAUUACUAUUCUUCUUAUUCUUUGUUCGUGGUGGAAAUCCCUUUAAAAGUUCCUCGUUCAUCGGACUGAAAUUAACUUAUUUGCUAAACGAGCACAUGUUUUGUUUGUUUAAAUCCACGACAAUGUGACUUUUGAUCUUUUUCCUUCUUGCUUCAUGUUUGCAAGAUAAUCUCUAAGGGGCGUGGCCUGGUAACGGGCUGCUCCGUGAUUGGCUGGCUCUCCAAGAGGCUUGGUCCAAUCCAAAGCACUUAGAAUCAGGGGGUGUGGCCUGGUGAGGACGCUCUACUAUCUAUGUAUAUGACUAUAAAGUAAAUAUGAACAUAUAGAAUAUAUACACGUGCAUGUUGUAGUGUUAGUGAUAUAGAUGAUGUAGUUAGUCACAUGACGUCACCGCUUCCUUUUCUAUCUCAUGUUAACUCCUCCUCCCCCACUGGCCCCGCCCCUGGCCAUCCUCAUAUUGGCUUAGAUUCCUCGUGGACGUGCCUUGAGGAAUGCCGCAAACCACCCGCUGACUCCCGACUGAUGACUUUUUGUGAAAUGAGCAAACUCUGCUAACGGUUCGCUUUUACUUUAUUGUUCAAAUUAGCAUAUAAGCUAACGGCUAACACGGCCGCUAAAGACGAUGGGUCUCGUCGUAAGCUAACAAUUUGGUAGUUACGCGGACUUCAGCCAAACAAUCAACGUAGUGCCUAAAACAGUCAAUUGAAUCUAGACAGCUACGUGGGCUAAUGGAUUAGCCUAACAAGCUAACACGUAACAACAAGUAAAAUGGAAUUUGGCCACUUUAAAUGCCAACUUUUCUGAAAGGAGAAGACAAUCAGUGGUUGAGUGAACUGAUGACAAUAAAGUCAGCUAGCUACCGGCUGUGAGAACCUUGAAAGGCGGUGUGCUUAUUUCACUAAAUCUCCUCACCUGGCGGGUUUGGACCAUGGUGCUGGUCAUGUGACGCAAAAACGUCUUCCUGUUUCCUGUUGUGCUAAUUCCUGAUAGGGACGACAACAUUGAUUACUGACUUCAUUAUGCAAAACUUGCACUUCCUGUCGGCUUUUCUUUCUCUUCCUGUCAACCAAAGUUAGCACGCGACCGGCGCCGCCUAGUGGUCGGUCCCUAAAAAAAAGAAACCCAUAAUAACGACGAAGCCCCCCUCCCCCCUCGUGACGAUCUCGCCAAGCUGAGCCGCCGUCGCUCGGGGGACUCUACUUCCUCUUUUGACUCUGCGGUCGCUAACGAGCCUUAACGAGUCCUAAAAGGUGUUUACACUUUGUCAUGUGAUCACGAACUUCCUUCCUGCUGACGUGCACUAAAGCCCACAAAGGGAUCACAUUCAAGGGUCACUAAAGGUCGUGACCAACGACGACUGGUGAGCCAAGGUCAAAAACAGGUCAAAGCAAUAUUUGUGUUGUUGUGUGUUGUUGUGUAGUUGUUGUGGUGCGGCAGCGAGGACAUCACACCUUUGUGUACCUGGACUCAUGAUGCUGCCCCUCCCCCCCACACACACACUCUUUUUUUUGUUUUUGUGUGCUUGUAAUGAUGAUGAUGAUGUGAUGAAGAUGGCUCAGCAUCUUUCUUUUCCUUUGUGUUUCUUCAUUCCAUGCGGAAAUAAACUGCUUGAUUAGA